AUGACUAUUGCCGAUUUUGCAAUCUAUCCAUGGGCAAGAAAUGUUGUUAGAGUGCCUGGUUGGAGUGAAGAGUAUCCAAAUGUCAUUAGAUACAUUGCUACGGUUAGAGCUAGACCUGCUGUAGUUGGAGGCUGCAUUGCCAAAGAACUUUGA